CUGGAAUUGCUACGAGUCUUACGCAGCACUCAUCAUAGCGUCGGACGAGAUGGACGAACAACUUUCACCAGUGUGGAAAUCGCUUCCUUUCGAGCUCAUCCAGGAAAUUCUCGACUAUUUCUUCGAAGACAUCCUAAACACUCGAAACACGUACCACAACUGGCUCUUAGACGUCAUGUGCAGCCGCAUUCGCUCUCGUCCCGAGACACAUGCCGUCCAAACCAAGCCCUUGAUCACGGCUUGGACAGCAUACCGCCAGGGUUGGAAUCUGUUCAAGUCCCACAAGUCUCUCGAGCACUACUUCCUCGAUAAAUGGCUGAGCACGAUGGUCUUCUUCGCCUGCGUCGAUUUCUCCCGUGGGCAUUACUUUCGAUAUUUUCCUGUUCCUCAGCAAAUUCCUCAUAAUCGCAGCAGUACCGUGGUCGAUAGCAGCGGAAUGGCCACAUUCUUCCUUCAUAGGCCUGCCAUGAUUCUUAACACAACCACGUAUUACAACAAGCUUCUCCCCGAGGGGAUGAGCAUGUAUAAUCCCGACUCCCGUGUGUGGGCUCCCUUAUAUGGACAGCAAGGUCUUGACGCUCUCCUUGCUGUCUGGGAAAAUCAAAGGGUCACCAUGCGCAAUGACCGCAACGGGGCAAUGUCGCCAUUCAUGGUGGGCUCCAUACCAUCCCUAUAUGGUAUGGACGACCCGACGUUCGAGGGACCGAUGAACAAACAAGUGUUUCGUCAUGGAUGGGAGUUCGAUCGUGUUGGAAGGUUUGGAGGUGCACGACGGUGGUCGACGCAUUCGAUUCAAGUGGCACAAUCUGAUUAA